CUCGCCAAUGCCAUACCUGUCUACCCCAGCCCUCUAAUUCGAAAAACUGAUAAGCUACGACAAUGUCUGAUAGCGACGACGAACCUUUAACACUCUCCUCGCAUGCUCUUGCUGCUUUGGCUGAGUUUAAUGCCGAAAAGGAAGAACAUCAGUCUAAGUUUGAUAAACUGCAAGCGGAGGCUGAGGCGAAUGGCCCGAUAUCCAUGGAUGCAUUUACGGAAGAUUGGAACGAGUCCCAGUUCUGGUAUUCUGAUCAGACCGCCAAUCUGCUCGCGACUCGGCUACUUGAAAAGGCAACUCCCGAAUCUACCAUUGGAGUUGUGUCAGCGCCUAGUGUAUUUGUUGCGUUGAAGAAUAUCGUGCGUCAUAUACAGGCUGAUGCUCGCCCAAAGUUGCUGCUCCUCGAACACGACGACAGAUUUGGUGUUUUUUCAGAGUAUCAAUUUUAUGACUUUAAUCAGCCGUUCAAGCUUCCUGCUCAAUUAAAGGGCUCUGUUGACCAUAUAAUAUGCGAUCCCCCUUUCCUAAGCGAGGACUGCCAAACCAAAGCGGCUCUAACAACCCGAUGGCUGCUCAAGCCUAAUCUCCCACAUCAACGCAUUAUCGUAUGCACUGGAGAGCGGAUGGAAAACUUGAUUGUCAAGCUCUACAAGUCUCUGGAUGUGAAAACUACCACGUUUGAACCUCAUCACGCACGCGGCCUAAGUAAUGAGUUUUACUGUUAUUCAAACUUUGAAUGUGAGGACUGGAAGUGGCGUGUGGAAGCUUAGAAGGAGACUAAGACAAAUUAUAUACAUCUAUAUAUAAUUUAUGACGGGCUGGUUAUGAAACAUUCACAACAGCCGAAUAGACUCGCAUAAUCUGGUACAAAAUUAUGCUAGAGAUCGAAUGAUGUAAAAGAGCAAAUAUGCUUGUGCUCCAAGAACGUCCGAGGUGCUAGCCAGCUCAACUUUGUGAUCAUUGAACUUGAACCACUAGAGAAUAUUAGCCUUGUGCUUUUGCAGCCAGAUGAGACGUGUCCAAAUGAACCUACCUGGUCGCCAACUCGGCAGUAUGAUACAUAAUGCCCAGUCUCAAUCUCUCCAACAUGAACAAUUACGCUCAACAAAUCAUAUAUACAAGACCUUUGCAAUUCCAUGCUUUCUCUAUUGUCUCUGCUUUUAACCCGGUUGGUGUAUGGCAACAUGUUUAGUUGCAGGGGAAAAUCGACAGGAGAAUCAAUCUUAGAUGCUGCAUGAUCAUGCCUUCCUUGCUUAUAUUCGAAGCGCUACAAGAUUCAAAUGUCAGCUACAUGGCUGCUUCGGAUAAAGUUGAACAUACCUUGAGCUGUAUAGAGAGUACAUUAGGGAGCCGUUUAAUAUUGGUGUAGCGAACUGCUUGUUGAAUGUCUGAACAAUUGUGACAGCGAUAUUCACAAUUGUCAGACUUUACGUACUCUUCGUUCAGACAGUCAUGAAGAGUAAUAUUAGAGACCCUGGUUCCUGGCUUUUUCUUACGUUGAAGGCUUUCCAAUCCUAGACUGAGAUCCAAAAACGACUGGACCGCAUGGGAGGAUGCUUGGCAGUUUUGGCAUGUAGUAGUUGUCUGCAUUUUUCCAUAGAAGGUUUGAUGUAUGAUGCAGUUGCAACUGUGUUCACUGCCAGUUUCCGGCUUCUUUCCAUCUCCAUUCCGUUCAUGUAGAUCUUCGGCAAGAAAUUGAAAAAACUCAUGGGCAUCUUGCUCUUUUGUAGUAACCAGGUUCUCGAAUGCCUUUUUUUCUGAAAUCCAGAAUCCCGAUAAAAUGUUUGCUGCCGUGUAGCCGUUUGUGUUUUCUAACGCGUAAAAGUCUUGGAACAUGUCAUCCAUUGCGCAGCUCAGACAAUGUUCUCUGCAUUCUAUACGCUGGUGACCAUCGCUCAGAUAAAAGUUUCGCAGCAAAGGAUUGUGUAAGAAGCUUUGUAGGACCACAUUCUGAUAACAGGUAGCGCCAGCGUUGUAGAUGCCCCGGAGACCGUUGGCGCGGCACGAUGCUGUAGUUGUGUUCGAUGCAAUAUAUCGUGGAUCUUCUUUUAUGGCAUCACUGAAUAGUUCGUCAUGCUUGCGUUUGCGACCUUGAACUUCAUCAGCUGGCUGCUGUCUCUCAGAGAAAACGACGAGACUCAACAUACCGGAAAAGGAGCCUGUACCGAUCUUUCGAAGUCUGAGCUCUUCUAGUGUAGGGUCCCAAACGAGAUCGUCGCAGAUUUGGCAAUAUAAAGCACCAUUGCGUGAAUCGACAACUGUAAAUUCUUGGGUAUUAGAAAGGACAACCCAAGCGUUAUGUGGUGUUGGGACUACUCACAGAAACGAUGGGACUUUUUAUUGCCAUGUGUGAGCCGAUCUUCUUCAGCAACUGUCGUUGGGCACUGCAAACACAAGUAAUUGGAGGUGAGAGAGGUGAUAGGGCGUCCUUCUUUGCUGGUGGACGUCUGGGGAAUUAUUGGGCUGGAAUCAAAGAUGCCACGCAGAAUCAUCUUGUAAUGCGAAAUGCUGCUGUUCAUAAGCUCCUGUCCCUGAGAAAACAGCAACUGUACGUGCUCUAGAAGUACAAUUAGAGUCAGGAAAAGCCAAGCGAUUAUCUGUCACUCCUACCGCAUCCAAAUACUGGAGCACCUGGUACCGGUGAUUUAACUCUGGCAUUCUUUGGCGAAGCCGGAGUUACUGGACGGCUAGACAUGAUGAUAACUUUGCGGAUGGGACAACGUUCCAACGAUCGGUAUGUAGCUUCGGCCGUGGUAUAUCUCGAUAAAUAGACGUAUAAUCUCUAAUCGAUCGUAGUUGUUUUAUGGAUCGUUAUGGGUUGAUCGCUCGCAGUAUUUAGCUUCGACGCUUCAUAGGUCGUGUGGGUGGCUGAUCAACGUGUUUUGUGCCAAGUUCGGUUUCAAAAUGGAGUUUGCCUAGUAUACUUUAGACUUGCUAGGAAUUGCUUUUCGGCUUUAGACGGUUUCUUCCAUCUAGCUAGAAUGCGAAAGCAAUUGCAAAAGAGUAUUGAUGGUCUCGAUGAGCGCGGCGACACCUGGUACACCCUUAGAAAUAGCCCUGCUGCAGAACCAACGCAACGUCG